AGCACCACAUCUUUGAUUAAUGCUGCACGUGCCUUGAUUCGCAGCUUCGAAGCAAUGCUUGGAGGCAAGUACGACGACUCUGACUCAGAGGAUCAUGGAGGGAAGAUUGCAAAUUCUAGCGAAGAAGAAGAAGGGCCCACCAAGGCUGCUGAACAGACGACAACCGCAGAGGGGGAGGAGAGCGAGGACAGUGAGGAUGAGGAAGGUGGAGACAAGUUGCCUUCCGCCUCAAAAGCUUUUAAGACUCUGAACGCCAUGGGAGAGGAAGGCCUCUCCUUCAAGAAGCACGAAAAAGAGCGGGGCAAGAAAGACCGAGUGCGGAUGCACCAGAUGAGCCUGGAUCGUGUGACCACCGCCUCAGCGGCCACCUUGCGGGGGCAGGGCUGGUUGCCAGGUAAUGACGCCAAGCAGGCAGUGCUGCCAGAGGAGGUGGCGGGGAAGAGGCCACGGGGAGAUGAAGAGGAGAAGGCCAACGAAUCCAAAGGCCAAGGCAAGGGCAAGGGGAAAAUGAGCGUGAAGGACCUCACGAAACUGAAGCGUUUCAAGGGCCAGUCCGGUUUGGACCACAACGGAAAGACAUGGAAGCCAGAGAUCUGGAUGACGAUGCGGCAGGAGUAUGACUGAGGCGUACCUCGGGCGCUGUGCAGCUUCUGAUGCUCAUGUCGCUUUCUUCAUUUCUCAAGACUAUGCACCCCUGUGAUAGCACGUGCCGCGGCCAAAUACGGCUACCCGUGUAAAUAUGCGCCGGAGCAUAGAAUCCAUGUUCCCAAAGUUGAGCC